UAUCUAGAUAGCUGAACUAAGCUGUUUUAGCGGAGUAAUUUAUACUGGCCACGCUGUCUCAGCAAUGCGCUUACAGUGAACUUUCCUUUUGUUAUCAACUGACAACACACGUACCAUAUAGCUAGCUAACAACAACAGUUAACUUGAUCGUGAUUACUCACUAUAAAGAGUUAAACAACAAGCAGUCAAACUGUUUGAUUGAUGGGUCGAUUCAGAUACGCCAUCUUUAAAGGACGGAACUGCGUAAGGGACUAAAAAUAAAAACACGCCUUCGUUUUCUACUCCUCCUCCUCUGCAGUUAAAAUCUAUUGGACUCCGGAUAUUAACAAACUCGUGAUGUCAGGAGGUGCUGGAGAGGGUCGAGUACAGAAAGAUCUAAUGCAUAAUAAAGCAAGCUUGUUCUCUUAUGAAAGUAUGUGACAAAUGUUAUAUCAAAACGAAUAUACGUUAGGUAGUUGGAUACAUCGGAAUAUGGAGUCUUACUGCAUUUCUUUGGGAAAUACUAUAUAUGUGUAGCGGCAACUAUUCGUUUCUAGCAGUCGUGUUCAUUUUAGUAUAGUUUUACUUUCAUGUCACUCGGCACUUCUAGUCCUGGGGCAAACAGAACAUGAAGCGAUUUGUCCUGGAACAGGUAACAGAUUUUUGCGAUUUUAUCAGAGGCAAUGAUUUCAGUGACAUUUUGAAAGAAAAUUCCGGUUUUAAUAGCUAUCAUAACGGUAAUGCCAAAAGUUGUUUCCCCGAUAUUCGGAUUAGUCCAGAUGGGCACCACGUCCAUGUUAUUCUGCGUAAACCAAAGAUUGGUCUCCUGACCUUUGACAAAUAUCAAAUCCCUGCAUUGAUUCAAAAUCGAAAGCAUCAGGACUUAUGCUUGACAAGGACAGUUCCUAUUCUGGAUGUUGUUUAUUUAGCCGUUUCUAGCAGCAACUCAGACGGCGGUUCAGCUGUAAUCGCAGUCAUUUUCCAGAAUGGCAAAGCAGAAUUCUGGAAGUACUGUGAAGUCGGAGCAGGCUGGUGUUUACUGCAGAGCGCGGAUUUGUGCAACAGUCCCAGGGCGAGAGUUGUCUCUGUAUGUACCAGUGCGAACUUCAUCGUCUGGUGUGAAGAGAGGCCCCCUUCGGAAAGCUCGCUGGCUACCAGUACAACUCGCAAUACCCUCAGGUACUGUAUUUGCAAAAGAAUAUAUGAGGUGGAGGUGGGGGCAGUGCGUUUAGGAGGGGUAAAAAUUGCAUUGCACAACAAUCCGCGGUACAUGUUGACCACCUCAGGAGAGAACGUUUACCUGCUGCCAGACACGAAGGCAUCUUGCCUGGGAAGCAUUUCCAGAUUCUUCCUGAAGUGGUCCCCACAGUGCGACACAAUCGCUGUCGCUACUGCGUGCACCGGAAUCCUGCCAAGGAGAACCACAAGUACCGCAAACAAAGAAUCAGAUUUCAAAAAGCUGAUUUCAGACUGUGUUGGUGUGCUGUCCAAUAUCAACCCCCCAGAUAUCUGGGCUUCCUGUGCUACAGAAUGUGGUGGCCUUGUGCUGCUCCUCAGCUCUGGUUGGACCAGUCUGCUGCAGAAGGAUGGUGGCCUGAGGCAGGUCUACAAGCUGGCUGACAACUGCCUGACGAGUAGUGGUGGCAGAGCCAGCCAGAGCAGCAUGAAGCUCUACCAGGACAUUCUGGCACUUACUGUGGGGAGGUCCCUAUAUUUGAUUGACACUCAAUGUGGAACAGAGCUAGAGAAAAUGGCCCUGAGGAGAGAGGGGAUUCUAUUUUUGAACCACGAUAGACGGCACGUCCCUCACUUGCUCUCGGAGGCCGGACUCUUCCUGGUUAGGCACGGGGAAUCUGAACCCAGCUCGAAGCUGCCUGGGCACUUGCAGACCCUUGGGCCAGAUUCGGUCCUGGCAGAGGCCGUCUUUGAGGAGGCCUGCCACCACUACCAGCGGAGGAGCCUGAGCAGCGUCCCGCUAACGGUGGAGAAGCUGAAGAACGGGGGAAUGUUCCAGGCCCCUAUAUCUCUGACCUCCAUCCUCAGUGACUACCUGAAGGGCGAGGGGUCCAUCGACUCGGCACAGGGAGGAGCCAGCAACGGCGCUGUUGCUCAUGGCAACCUUUUGAGCUCCCUGGAGCCCGAGCUGAAGAGACUGGUGGCACUAGAGGACGUCAAGACGUCGCUGGCCAGAGCCUCAGACAAGGACUUGGCCAGGCACUGUGAAAGCCUUGUUUGUGAGGAGGUGAGUAGGCUGCUGAGCUCGGAGCCGGACAGGGAGAACGUUCUCUACCUGAACACCGUCUUCAGCACUUUCCCGGGUGAGUCGUGGCAGGCCCUGCAGGGGGUGCUGCGGCUGGCGGUGAACGGGGACGGCUCCCUGUCUGCAGCGGCCUGUCCUGAGGUGUGGAAAGCAGCGGUGGCCCCCGUGCAGCCCGCCACGGCCCGUGCCCCCCGGGGACGCGCCCCCUCUAACGUGGCGGUGCCCGUCUUCGAGCUCCUCUGCCGCUCCUUCCUCCAGUUCCAGCCGACCUGGCUGCCCGGCUUCCUGGAGCUGGUGCAGCAGAAGCAGGCGGGCGCCUCCUCCCCCUCCUCCUCCUCCUGGAGCUACGAGGCCAAGAGGAGCUCCGAGGUGGCCCCCCUGUACGAACGCGCCCUGUCGGUGCUGCCAGGGGACGGGCAGCACCAGGACCUGGAGGUGGAGCUGCUGGUGAGCAGCCGGAAGCCCCAGGGCGUCAUGCGGGCCCUGCGAACCCUCAUUGGCCGGCAGCAGUGGGGACGGGCUACCCAGGUGGCCGAGCGGUUCAGCCGCCAGAGCACUCACCUCAACAAAGAGAUCUUCAGCACCCUUCUGCAGGAGGUCUCCCAGCACCGGGACCUGGACCCCUACCUGGACCUCCUGUGGGCCCUCUGUCCCGAGGACCUGACCGUUACUGGCAUCCUGAACAUUGUGCUGAAGGACCUCCCCCCAGCUCCCCCAGGGGGCACUGGUCCCUUCCAGGCAGGGGGCAGCCAGCUGACCAUCGGCCUGCUGAAGCCCCUGUUGAGCAAAGUGCUCCAACGAGAGACCAAACCCAGCCAGAGGUAUGCGGACAUCCUCCAGUGCCCCUCCGUCCCCUUCCCCACACCCUCCUGCCAGGCCAAAACCCCAGCUAGAGUUGGGAAUGGGUCAACCGGCAGUUGCAAGAUCUCCAACCAGAAUGUUACUUCUGAGGCUCGAAUGCCAACGGCAUCCCACCAUCGCUGAGUUGCCGUUUGAAUACACAACCUUUGACCUCGGCUCCGAACAGUGAGGGACAAUAGAAGUGUAAACAUCUCAUUCCAUUUAACAACAGAAAACUAUUUCACUGACGGUUACCGGCAACCACUGUGUGUGGAUUAUUAUUCCCAGUAUUAUAAAGUGCCGACUUCUGCGUCAAAUAUAAAAAUGCUUGUUUUGUCAGGAAUAUUUACCAUUUUUGCUUCAGGUGCUGUUGCUUAUAAAAUAGCUGCCGGAGCUUAUCAAAGUGCAAUGUAACAGAUUUAGUGGGUGAACCCAGAGUGACCAAUGGAGAUGAGAUCAAAACAAGAUGUACAUACAUGUGUACAGGAAAGUAUUGCAUGCGAAGGCACUGUUAGCCCUCAGAGAUGCUUUUUGAUUACUAACCAUUUUAAAUAUAGGCUCAACAGAAUCCAGUCCUAGUGUAUUCAUAAGUGCUUGUAUUUUAUAAUUACGUAAGUAUAUUAAGCUUAAUUUAAUAUUCAGGGAUUGCCACUGUAAAAGUCCCACUCACUAAUCUGUAAAUUAAAAGUAAACAUCGCGCAAAUAAACAUGGAAUGCUUUCCAUUCUUUGUAAAGUUGACUGUUGACAUGAGUGAGUGCAUCAGCUUAUUUGCAUGCUCCCUCUGAUGUGUUAAUUUCAGUAGUCUUCAACACAUUGUCCCUCUUAAAACAGGCAUAUUAGUACCAAGUGUGGGAAGACAGUUUGCAUCAAUAUUUAAAACUGAUUAAAUUAUGAUUAUUCUGAUUACUUAUUUUGUUCUUACUUUUUAUGAUGAUGUGUAUCUGUAUGGAAAAACACUUGAUUGUUUGAAUAAUUUAAUUUUAAAUUCUGCUGUGGUUUUGUAACCUAUCUUAGGCUACCUAACUCCUCUUACAAAGCCAACAAUUCAUCACCACUCACUCUCUUAAUUGUCUUGUUCUCAUUCUUUCAAAAAAGGUUUCUGAUCACUUAAACCCAUAAAGACCGAUUCCAGACUUAGCAAUGUUGUAGCUGCAUAUCUGUUUUACUCGUUCAUCAAUGUCCAGGUGUGGUACCAGGUUCACAGUGCAUUCUGGGAUCUUGAGGCAGUCUAGAACUGAACAAGAACAGUCUAAAUGUGUGAACUGAGGUUUUUAGAUAAAUUUCAGUAUUUCAGUAUGAUCACAAACUACAUAAGUUUACUGCAUUAGGACUACCACUUGUACAAGCUUUAAUGUCUCAUAUUGAGAUUGAAAUAGAAGAUGACUUGUUUCAGGGACUUCUAGAUCAAGGGUCCCAUUCUUCACACGUGCUCUCGAGAGGAGGAAUGUCACAUGUCGACGUCUUGUGGGAGAGAUUUCUACCCUUUGAGACUUGUUCCUUAUUUUUUUGUAUGCCACUCUCUAAACUAUAUUGCAUAAAUCUUAACUUAAAAGUCUUAACUCUGCACUUUAAAUGUUUGCGUAAACCCGAACGUUUAAACCCUUAAACACUGUAUGGCCUCUGUAUGGUAUUGAUUAUCCAUUGAGACAGUUCAAGCUGAAUCUGCUGAAUCUGUUGUAUGAAGUAUUAUAAUACAAAUAAAUAACCUUAAAAGUG